CAUCCGAGAGCCCAGAUGCCGGCCCACUUGCUGCAAGAGGAGAUCUCUAGCUCCUACACAACCACCACCACCAUCACAGCGCCUCCCUCCAGGAUCCUGCAGAAUGGAGGAGGCAAGUUGGAGAAGCCUUCUCUAUACUUGGAAGAAGACAUCCGCCCUGAACUAAAAGAUGACAUUUAUGACCCAAGUUACAAGGAUCCGGAGGGCCCAAAGCCCAAGGUUGAGUAUGUUUGGAGAAACAUCAUCCUUAUGUCUCUGCUACACUUGGGAGCCCUGUAUGGGAUCCUGCUGAUUCCCGCCUGCAAGAUCUACACCUGUAUCUGGGGAUUCUUCUACUAUUUGAUCAGUGCUGUGGGCAUAACGGCAGGAGCUCAUCGCCUGUGGAGUCACCGGACUUACAAAGCUCGGCUGCCCCUGAGGCUCUUCCUGAUCAUUGCCAACACGAUGGCAUUCCAGAACGACGUGUAUGAAUGGGCCCGAGAUCACCGUGCCCACCACAAGUUUUCAGAAACAGAUGCUGAUCCUCACAAUUCCCGGCGUGGCUUUUUCUUCUCUCACGUGGGUUGGCUGCUUGUACGCAAACACCCAGCUGUCAAAGAGAAGGGUGGUUUGCUAGACUUGUCUGACCUAAAAGCUGAGAAGCUGGUGAUGUUCCAGAGAAGGUGAGUGAAGCAAUGACGGAGCUGGGCAUCUAGUGUUUGGGGUACUCCCUUUUUUCUCCUAGAGCUUAUAAACUUAAGCUGAGAAAUUUAUUGGGUUUGCAUGUUCCAAAAUCAAUUUAAAACCCUAAUAUUUAAUAGCCCACAGGCUCACGGCCGUGGACUAUUGUUCUUCCUCUCAGAGCUCUCGUAAUUAAACCGAUUAGAUUCAACAAAUACUUAUUGACCUAGGACAGUCACAGAUACAAAAGACGAAUGUGUCACAAUCCUUACCUUCAAGGAAUUUGUAGCUUAUUGGGAAGCAGAGGGAAAACCAAGGAUCUGAAUAACUAUGAUACGUGGCGAGAUAUUUUCUUUACCAAUGAGAGGCACAAAGGAAAGGGAGCUAGUGUGGUAGGGGACAUCGGGGAAGGGUUUACGAAGAAGGGAGCUUUGGAAUCCACUGAUGGAUAGAGAUUCUCACAGGUGUGUGUAGGGAGGGAGAGUACAAACAGAAAGAACAUGAAAGCAUGUUCCAGCAACAAAGGUCUUUUGCAAUUGAAGCGUAGGGUGUGGUCGAAGUAAGACCAGAAAGAGGCUGAUGCUAUUCUUGUAGAGCCUUAAAAGCAGAUUUAGGAUUUACUUCAAUAGGCAGUGGGAAGCCAUUACAAGUUUUUUGAGCAGGAAUGUGGCAUAACUGGAGGUGUGCUUUACAAAGGUCACUCUCGGGAUGGUUGAAAAAAAAACACUGAGUCAAAGAGGUGAGAAGCAGGGCCACAAGUUAGGAGCUAACGGGGAUCCGUGCUAGGGAAGCAGCAGCAGGAACGGAACGUUUGAGGCAGGGGAUACUAAUGAUAUAAGAGUAUAAGACUUGGCUGCUGAAGAGAAGCAGGAAAUCCAUUCCCUAGGAAUGUCAAUGGCAUGGUCUACAUUUGAGACAGUGAAGAAUGGCAUGGGGCCUCCAGAGGGCUUGUGCGCAUCAAGGACACCCUGUGCCUCUCUGAGGAAGAAAAGGAACGAUUUUGGGGUGGCUAGCAGGACCUGGGGGCAAGGCACGAACCCUAGACUCUGCAAAAAACAUGAACAGGAGGGGCGCCUGGGUGGCUCAGUCAUUAAGCGUCUGCCU